AUGUGGAAACGUUCACCUAGAUCGGAGGACAGCUCUGGGAACGACUCAACUCAUCACCAUCUAUCUGAGCUGGGUUUCCUAGGCCGCUCCAAAAAGUCCAAAAAAUUCCAAUCGCAGCCGGAAUCAUCCUCUCGUUCGCCUCUCCGUUCAUUUCGUUCAUUUACCCGUGGCGUGGUAGACCGGCCCGGUAGCAGUGUUUCCAACCAGACCGAUCCCACCCGGCCACGAACAACCUCAACUGUCGCCGGCUCCAUUCACUCUGCCUACCCCGAAUCCGCCGAUCAGCCUGCCCAUUCAAAUCGUUCGCGGGUAUCGGUUCAUUCAAGAUCGGGACAGACCACCGGUGCAAUGGAGAUUGAUCGCACCCGCACUCGGAGGGAGAGGACCUUUGUCGGCAGUGAAUGCGCCGUCUGCGAGGAACCAUUAGAGCAUACCCUGCGCGGCGAACGUGUUCUUCAGCUCUCGUGCUCCCAUGUCUCCCACGAGGCCUGUUUUUAUGAAUAUCUACGGGAAUUCGAAUCACAAGACUGCCCAACAUGCAAUGCGCCAUUGGCUUUGGAGACAAGUCGCGGCGGCAAUGUUCUGGAUAUUGGUGUGUCUCUCGUCUCUCGUGCGGGGCUCAGCGCGGCCAAAAAAGCUAACUUUACGUUUUCCCCUUCAGAGAAAAUCAGUAACAUCGUUCGCUCAGUGACUUCCAAUGAUACCGCUACAGUGCGUAGUGGUUUGACAAACCCGACUCCAUGGGAGCAAUCGUCGGGUCGACGACCACCGAGCGAUGCUGGGAGUCGGUACACGUCCGGUACCCGGGAGCCACCCUACACACCUUCGAGGGAGCCAUCCUACAACCCUUCAGCAAGGGAUUCGACCUAUAACCGAAGAGAUAGUCGUGAUGCCAGUAGCCAACGCGAACGCGUAGAACGAUUGACCGUGGGCUCCAAUCCUCGUCAACCCCACUCCCGGAGUGGCAGCGCGGCCGGUUCGUCGGGCGAUUACAAUGAAGGCCAACACAUCAGCAGUGGGCGACGCCACGAUUAUGAUGUUCAGGCUAUGGAAUCGGAUGUCGGAUCACGGCCCGGAGUCGCCAAAAACCCUAUUCCUGCACCGAUAGUUACUGUUCGAAGCGAGUUUCCUACUAUGAACCGAUCCCGUCAACAGCAGACCCUCACCUGUCUAAUCACGGUUGAGGUGCCAGACGCCGAUUGGCGUCCUGAUGCAGAUGACCUGCGCCACACAUCUUCCAGACAGUCGCAGCCGGAUGAGCCAUACCCCGGGCGAUUCAGCGGUGGCGGGCGGGAUGCUCGAUCGAUCCAGUACGAACCAACGGAGAAUAUGGAAGAAAUUGCUGAGGAACUACGAAACAGGGUGGACAACUGGCACGGCCUUGAAUUCCAACGGUUUGGCAAGCUGCGCCUCCAUGGACAAAUGCGCGUGGGCAAGGAUCGGGAUUCCUGGCAGGAGCUGGAAUGCUACCUCUUCGGAGAGAUGCUUAUCUGCGUCAAAGAAAAGAAGUCAUCCGACCCGAAUCACUUCGACGCGAACGGGCGACGCAAGCCUGUCCGUUGCAGUCUGAAGGGCUCAAUCUUGAUCAAAAAGCAUCUCAAGUCGCUAGAAGUGUCACCAGAUGAACCCAUUCUUUCCCUGAAUCUUUCUGUUAGCGAGCUUCCAUGCUUCUAUCUUCGCUUCCAGAGCCGUAACCAGCUUGAGACUUGGCGGCGCUCUCUGAUCGAUUUGCAUCCGGAGGCCAUUUCGCGCCACAGUGACUAUGAGUAUGACAACUCGGGGGCGGAGGAGGAUGACUACCGUGGCAGCCGUGGGAUUCAGCGACAGGCUUCUAUCAACUCUUCGUAUGGUGCAGGCAAAUCUAUCAACACCGCCAUUACAGACUACACCAACCCCGACGCAGACUAUCCUUCAAUCAACACUAUUCACAUCCCCCUCGACCUUGUCGUGGUCAUUCCGGUAUCCUCCUCCAUGCAAGGAUUGAAAAUCACUCUUCUGCGUGAUGCCCUCAAAUUCCUCGUGCAGAAUCUAGGCCCUCGGGAUCGGAUGGGCCUAUCCUGGGCCGGGUGGCCCAAGAUUCUCGAAUCAAUCCGGCCGGUAGGCCAAAAGAGUCUCCGUGCGGACGUGGUCGAGGGUGCCAAUGUUGCCAUGGAUCUUCUGAUGCAGCGAAAAGUCAAUAACCCCGUCUCGACCAUUCUGCUGAUCAGCGACUCAUCCAUCUCAGACCCCGAAAGCGUCGAUUUUGUGGUCUCUCGCGCAGAAGCUGCCAAAGUUAGCAUUCACUCGUUUGGUCUUGGUCUGACUCACAAACCCGAUACCAUGAUUGAGCUGUCCACCCGCACAAAAGGUUCUUAUUCAUACGUGAAGGAUUGGAUGAUGUUGCGGGAAUGCGUUGCUGGAUGUCUGGGUGCAUUGCAGACAACGUCCCACCAAAACGUCAAGUUAAAGCUCCGCCUACCUGAAGGCUCACCAGCCAAAUUUGUUAAGAUCAGUGGGGCUCUCCACACCACGAAGCGUGCGACUGGCAAAGACGCUGAAGCCGCCCUAGGGGAUCUCCGGUUCGGUGACAAGCGCGACGUCUUGGUUCAAUUGGUGAUUCAGCCCGACAAUGCCACGCAGGAAAACAUGCCCCAGGAUCCGUGGGAGAGUCUGGUAUCUGGAUUGGAAGCUCUCGGUGGUGGCUCGGAUGGAGACGAGGCACGAGUGUCGAGUGUCGAGGAGGUACCAUUGAUCCAAGCCGAUCUAACUUACGGCGACUUGCUCCGUGAUGGGCAUCUUACCCAUUCUCCCCGCCCUUCUCUUCUAGCGAUUACAAUGCUUCCUCCUAAUCCUAGGGCCAAGGGCCAGCGGCCCUCAACUCCUCCAAUUCCUCCCCAUCCUUCGAUUGUGCAGCGCCGCAUGGAGCUACUCACUUCCGAUAUGUUGACCCGGGCUCUCACCCUGAUUUCUCGGGGCCAGAAUGAUCGCGCUAUGCAUCUCCUCAAUGAAACCCGCAGCAUCCUCAAGGGCUUGGGCAAGGGUGGCCUACCGCCUCUGCCCCCAGGUGCUUCUCGGGCUGAGAGCGACGCCGACAGCCGUGGUGAUACCCCGGUCUCUGCUUCCUCUCCCAAAUCUUCUAUGUUUGGUGGAACCCAUUCAUCUACAUCUGAUACCAACACCAUAACAUCACCCUCGGCAGUUGAUGCUCAGACCUUGCUUGCUCUCAACGCAGAUCUCGAAUCGGCAUUGGAGUGGAUCAAUCACCCGGCUGUCUUCGGCCGUGAUUCACGCAAGGCAGUGCUGCAGAGCAUUGGCGUCAUCUCCUCCCAGCGAGCCUACACCUUCCGCACCCCAUCAGAAGCUCACUGGGCUCAGCGCGUGUCUGGGGUUCGUCGUUUAACGGAGCGGUCCCAAGACUGGCGUGAGACGGGUGACGAUGCUUUGACCGAGGAGUAG